UACAUAUUAUACUGUGAGUGUCACUUGCUUUUGACCUUUCCAUAUGACAACCUCUAACUCCUCUAUAAUGCCUAAUAUGUGUAUGUUGGUACAGGAUCAAGGAUAUAAAACGUUUCUGUUCUCAUUCUGUGCUAUCACACUAUGUGCCCCCUAUGAUGUGCCCUUGAUACAUACAUAGAGUAUGAUGUGCAGUGUGUACGAUAUACAGAGGAACCUCUGAUAAGGGACCCUCCAAGAUAGGGACGAUCUCUCUACAAAGGACACUUGUUUCAACCCCAUGCUAAUACUUUAGUGUAUUAUUUGACCUCCGAGAUAGGGAUGACUUCUCAAAAAGGACAAUAUCGUUGGCCUCAUAGUGUCCCUUGUUCGGAGGGUCCACUGUACUGUUGAGACAUUGGUUGUGCGGUGUAACAUAUGUGUGACAAUCAUGUGACCUACGUGUGUACAUAUCUGUAGGAGGGAGGGACAGGAGAGGUGGACCAAUCAUAACCCUGUAUGCCACCGAGGCGGCUGACCUUCGACCUUUCAACCUGGGCAAGAUUCUGUCCUACCUCAGCAAAGUCCCCGAUGAGGCAGUCCAAGGUCAAGGGUUCACAGUAAUCCUGGAUGCCCAGCACGUCUCGUGGACUGUCACCAAACAUGCCAUCAAGAGUCUCCAACUGACGUUUGUGGAGCAUAUCCACCAGCUACUCAUCGUCAAACCGAGGUCGUUCUGGCAGAGACAGAAGACCGGAGUGAACGUCUCUCUCAAGAAGGGAAAAUACGGUUUUCCUGUGAUAAUGUUGGAGAAUUCCGGAGAGCUCUUCCAACACCUUCAGGUGUCCCAGGUGACCUCUGACCUCGGAGGGACCAUCAGAUUCAACCACCAGGAGUGGAUUGACACACAGAGGGUGGUGGAGAAGCAUCUGAUCCAGCUACUGAACCGUCUGGACGGCUACGAACACGUCAGAGGGCAGCUGGAGCAGCAGGAGAAGCCGUCCAGUCUCAUCGAGUCCAGGGAUUCUGUCCGUCGCCACGUGGACGCCCAGGACAUCAUUGCAAAGGAGGAUCUUGACUGUGAAUGUGAGGCAGUCAGCCAUGCCAUCGCCCAGCUGCGUCCCUGCUCCAAUCCCGACUUCAACGCAUGUUUUGGUCGACUGGAGGAGAUGUGUUCGUGUCUGCUGUCCAUGCAAGUCCAGCUGCAGAGGAUGUGGGACGAGAAGGGGGCCAAGUUGGACCAGGUGGUCCAGCUGCGGAAAUACGAACAUGACUCUGCACAGAUGAUGCAGUGGAUUGAGACGACGGCUCAGAGUCUCUCCGACGACCACACAGACAUUGGAGACUCUCUCAGCUCUGCAGAGAUCAACAAACAGGCCUUCCACAACUUCCAAUCACAAAUUUCUGGUCAGUACCAGGAGAUCAGUAGGGUCAUAACAGUAGGAGAGAGACUCGUAGGCUCACGACACUAUGCCCUGGACGUGAUGCAAGUGGGCAACAAGAAGCUGAGGACCAGCUGGGAGAGGUUCUCCAGGAUCGUGGAGGACAGAAACAACAUGUUUGAGCUCUCCGUCGUCUUCCACGACUGGCAACAGAAGUUCUUCCUCCAUAUAGAUGUGUGGAGUGAGGCCUGCUCCUCAGGACUGGUACCGUCCAGUACAGGCUGAUGUAAAGAGUCACGGGUCACAGCACAAGGCCCUGCAGGUGAGAUACCAGCUCAUGUACAACACCACUCGUACUGAGGGACACAGACUCAUCGAGAAACUCAAGAAACCUGUUGGAGAAAGCAGGUAUGUUCAGUAUAUGAUUUGCAACGUGCCCUGAUAUGCAAAAAAAAAAAACAGUGGCG